UGUUGCAGACAUUAAGUCGGCGUGACGUUCGGUUCUAACCAUAGACAUAUAUUACUCUUUAUUGUGUCUAUAAAGAGUAAUUUAUGGUCUGUAAUUGUGUUAAAAAAUAUGAGAUCUCAAUACAUCCGCUACUACUUAGCAAACCCUAGGACCGAUUGCGUCCAGGUAGUCAGCUUGCGUCAUACAGUUUCUAUGCUAAUCGUAACGGAAUAACUUUUAGAAAGCCAAGUUAGGAGUCGAGAAACUGCCCAUGCGAAAGUAUGUUAUUCUACGAUUAUACAAUAUAUUGAAAAUAAAUGGUUAAAUAUAUUGUAUCGGCAAAUUUGUACAGUAUGGUGGUUCUUGUUAGCGAAAUUCUUGCCUUUCUCCCUAAAAGCAUAUCUGGCAAGAACCAAGAAAAGCUCUAAAGACGAUGAUUACCCUUCAAAGUAAAAGUCCCCCAAAACGUUGUUGACCAAAAAACGUUAAGCUUGACUUUCAUAUAAGAUUAACUUACAAAAUAAACAGAAAUACAUACAAAUUAAUUAUUCAAUUAACUAUUAAAUGAUUCAAUAUUAGUAUAUGAUACUUGUUCUUAUUGUCUCUAUAAUUAAGUCUACGGGACCCUUAUUCUGAAGAAUUCUAAAAACCCUGACAAUGAAGUGCAUAUGUUUAGUUAUUCAUGUCGGUCUUUGCUGGCCUAUUUCCAUAGACUAUAACUGUAAACGCCAUGCCGGAUUUGAGUCUAUUUGUACUAUAUUUUUUCCAAGUAAUAAAUGAAUAUUUACAUAUAGAAAACUGAUCUUAGAUCAGCUUUGGAGACAACUGUGACACCGGACGGCAGUUUCUAUGGAAACGUGAGUUAAGUCAACUCGAAAACUAUUUUCUCGUGAUGAAACAAAUGCAUCGAAAAAUACACGGCACCAUCAUGUCCAUCAACAAAUUAAAAGACCAGAGAAUAAUUCCGGACAACGUCUAACCUGGGCUCCCCCGCCUCAUGAUGCUCCAACAGACUGGCUCCGUGCAGCUCCUCUGCCUCACGGCCAACAGCGGCGUUCCCCUCUUCACCCGGGGAGCCUGCAAGCAGCUUCCUUUCUCUAUCAUCGGCUCGCUGAAUGGGGUGCACAUGUUUGGAGCGGGCCAGGGGGUGGUGCUGGGAGGCUGUGAGACGGACCGUGGGGGCAGGGUGGUGUGGAGGGUGUUUCAAGACAGCGUGAUGCUCAUCGCGGUGAGUGCCGGCAGGCACGCCCAGCAGGGAAGCGGUAGUGGUGAUUCAGGGGAGGGAGACUUUCAAAUGCGCCGCCUGCUGGAGAAUGUGUGGAGCUGCAUGGUCCUGGUACUGGGCCAGGAUGAACUGGUCAGCGUGAGGAAUGUGGAGCGGUUGAAGAGGGACCUGCGCUCCUGCUACCGCCUCAUCGAUCAGCUCCUGGAAGGGGUACAGGGACAGCAGAGCACUAUGGGGGACCUGACGCACUGUGGUGACUGCUUACUGCCUACUAACCCUGCCCUGCUCCAGGAGGCCCUGGAUGGAUUCACCCAGGCUGCAGAAAGUGAGUUUGGCUGCCUGAUGGUCCAUGGGCGGAUAGCAGCAGCCACGGACAAAUGGUGGCGUCUCGCCCCACAGGAAGUGGUCUUGCUGUCUGCCCUGGCCCGCACCCUCUCUGGCUCAGCGUCCUGCGACUUCCCGGUAUUCCUACCCCAGGGAAGCCCCAACGUGGCUCAUCGCCUGCUCCGCUUCCAGCUGCUCCUGGGGGCAGACGUGUGUGUGUUGUGCGGCCCUAGUCCCACCCUGAACAGGGCUGAGAGCGAGCUUGUUGGGCGCUUUUGGUCUCCUGUCGUAGAGGCCCUGAGAGGCACCCUGGCCGUGGGGGAGCGCUGCCUGCCAGGCUCCGUGACCCUCCGCCCUGACGUCCUGGCUGUGCUGCUCAUCAACAGAGAGUCCCGUCGCUCAGUCUCCUGUGUGAAGACAGUCAGCGCUCACCCCAGUCCUCAUCCCUGUAGCCCUCCCCUGCCAUCCAAAACACGCUGCUGGGAGCUUUUAAGGCUGUUCUUCACUUUCAGCGCCACUCGCUACUUUCCCCUGGAGGAGACUCCACCCACCCUGGCCCUGACUCCAGGGCAGAACGGCCACGGUGAAGACACGGAGUCCCUCCAGGAGGACUUUGUCCUGGGCUUCUUCCACCAGCCCCUGCAGUGCUACCUGGUAACCGAUGAGUGUAAGUGUUACGGCCUGCAGACCGGCCAGCACCAGCUCUACCUACUCACCCCUCUCUCAGUGCCCACGUUCGCUCUACGCUCCGUGGCUACAGAGACCCUUUCCGCCCUCACUGCAGCCAAAGGGUUUUAGGACAGCUUCUUAAAUAUCAAAGACUUGGGAGACAUUGCUGUAAACCUUGAGAUAAUGAUAUUGAUCUUAUGUUGUACUGGUAGUACUGGUAGAUGCUGUUCCAGUGUUGUUUAUCAGUUAAGUGAGCCUGAAGCCUAAAUGCAGUCACUGUAUCUAUUUUCUUAUGAUCAUGAGUGUGUUGAACAUAAAAUGGUUUAUAAAAUGAUUUAUUUCAAUUGUGUCUGUUUGUGUUGAUAGUUUGGAAUCAUAUGAAUGUAUGUUUCAUUGGAAGUUAAAUGUGCCUAGGUAAAGAGAACAGCAGACAUCUGUGUUUUGAUUCUUAGAUUGAAUUUGAUGCCAGCAACACGUUUCAAAAAGUUGGGACAGAGGCAUGUUUACCACUGUCUUGCAUCACCUUUU